ACUCGCACUUCCAAUUCGAUGUAAAUCGUUCAGAAAUGGCGAUCAUAACAGAAGAAGAGCAAGAGCCACAAGCAAUAAAUCCACCCCACAAAUCCACUUCGCCUCCAAAACCAAAAUCUGAUGAGAGACCGAAUGUAUUCGCCUUCUGGUUCUAUUUUACAGCAAUAGUCUCUGUCAUCACCUUCUUUACCGUCUUCUUCGCAUCUCUCCUCUCUUCAGACCCCAGAUCGUGGUUUCGCUCUCUUCCGGCUUCCCUUCGCCAGCACUACUCUGGAGGACGCACUAUCAAGGUCCAGACUGCACCGGGGAGAUCGCCCAUAGAGGUUUUCACAUUCGAAAGUGGUUUGUUUGGAUCUGAUGCUGAGAAUGUGUUAAUUAUUCAUGGAUUCGGUAUAAGUUCAUACAGUUUUGGUGGGAUUGUUCAGAGUUUGGAUUCUAACGGGGUUCGUGGGAUUGCUAUAGAUCUGCCUGGAAAUGGGUUUUCUGAUAAAUCAACUGUUGAGAUUGAAGAGGGUGCUGCAAGUGGGGUUUUAGGGAGGUUUAGGGACGUAUUGGGGAUUAUUAGAGAGAAGGGCUUUUUCUGGGCUUUUGAUCAGAUGAUAGAAACUGGGCAGAUUCCUUUUGAGGAGGUAGUGACUCGGUUAUCGAGAAGGGAGGUUGUGAGGCCUAUUGAAUUGGGUUCUGAAGAGAUAGGGAGAGUGUUGGGAGAGGUUAUUAAGACAAUGGGUUUGGCUCCUUUGCACCUGGUUUUACAUGAUUCGAGUCUGGCAAUGGUGGCAGAUUGGGUUAGGGAGAAUUCUGGAUUGGUCAGAAGUGUGACACUCAUUGAUACUGGACGAGAGCCGGCUUUGCCUCCGUGGGUUUUAGAAAUGCCAGUGAUCAGGAACUUUGUAUUGGGAUAUAAAUUCACUUAUGACAGAUUGAUUAAGCUGUGUUGUUCAAAGGAAAUUGGUGGUUUGGAGGCAGAGGCAGAGAGGAUUCUCUUGAACGGAAGGGAUGGGAGGAGAUCGGUUGUGGGUAUGGGAAGGAAAAUGAACUAUACUUUUGAUAUAGCAGAAUGGGGUGAUUCUGAUGGGUUGAGGGGGAUGCCUAUACAAGUCCUCUGGUCUGAAGGUUGGUCGAAAGAAUGGAGUGCAGUGGGCCGACAGGUUGCUGAGGCGCUACCUCGGGCAAACUUUGUCUCGCACUCUGGAGGACGGUGGCCUCAGGAAGAUACUGCGGAUGAGAUAGCUCAGGAUAUCUCUAAGUUUCUCUCUUCAUUACCAAAAUCAGUUAGACAAACUGAAGAAGAACCUAUACCAGAGCAUAUCCAGACAAUGCUAGAUGAAGCGAAAAGCAAUCAUGAUAAUCAUCACCACCACCAUCACCAUGGUCAUGGUAGCCAUGACCACCAUGAUGGACAUGCUCAUGAUCAUGGAGCUGGAUACAUGGAUGCUUAUGGACUCGGUCACAGAUGGGGCAGCUGAUGUGCUUUCUGCUUUGCUCGACUCUACGACCGGUUAUUGACGCAGCUGGUGGUCAGAUUUAUGACAUACCUUAUUCCAGUCAUUUUGCUUUGUGAUAGUGUUGAUGUUAUAUGACGCCCGUAAACGUUACGUACCACACUUUUUCACAUAAUCAAGGGCUACUACUUUACGAAAAUUACUUAUAUAGUUAUAUCCCUAACAUUUUUGUCCAUAACCGACCAUAACAGUAUUACGUUAUCUAAUCACAUUGAAUUUCGUUAUUACAUUGUCUAAUUACAUCGACUUUCAUUA